AUGAAUCAAAAUGUUCAUACUAACGAGCUGGUAAAAGAAUUCGCAAACAAGGUUGAAGCCAUGUCUACGCAUAACAAGAUACCUGAGACUCAAGUAUCUCAAGUUUCCCAACCACAAGUAGCUAUUGCCGCUCUAGCUGGCACAUUUAUAGGUCAAUCUCAACCAAUUACAAAGGGAGAUGAAAACUCUAUCACACUACAAAGUGGGACAUGGUUAGAUGGACGAGUAUACUUAAGAGUUGAAAGACAUGUGGUGUAUGGGAGGGUAGAGGAGGAACCUGAGAAAGUUGCUGAUAAGAGACAAAUAAGAAAACCAAUAGCUAAAGUGGAAGAGACUAUCACUAAUAAAGAUGAUGUUGAGAAAGAGAAACCUUGUGUACCUCCACAUCUAGAUAAACCAAAGAUACCAUACCCUCAAAGACUAUCCAAAACCAAGAAUGAAGAUCAAUUUAAGAAAUUCAUCGAGUUCCCAAACUUACUUCAUGUUACUAUACCUUUCACUGAGGCCAUUACCCAAAUGCCUUUAUAUGCUAAGUUACUAAAAGAUAUCUUGUCAAAUAAGAGGAAACUUGAAUAUGAUGAGACCGUGGCACUUACUGCAGAGUGUAACGCUAUUAUCCAAAACAACAUGCCACCCAAAUUGAAAGACCCUGGUAGUUUUUGUAUUCCUUGUGUGAUAGGAAAGUUUUUCAUCGACAAGGAAUUAUGUGAUCUCAGAGCUAGCGUAUGUUUAAUGCCUCUUUCCAUAUGUGAAAAACUAUAG